CUUUUUGCUCAGCCGCGGGAACUCAGGGUUCAGAAGCUCCCUGAGCGCCUGCGCGGGGGGCCCGCGGAGGCGCCUGCGAGCGGCGGGGACACCAUGACGCAUGCGUAAUACAGCUUGACAAAGCGCGGAGGAAAAAUCCGCGAGACGGCGCCUGGAGAAGAUGGCGGUGUGGAGGGAGAGUUUGCAAUCUUUCUGACUAGGCUAGUGGAGGAACUAUUCGGGUCAUGGCGUCGAACUCAACUAAGUCUUUCCUGGCAGAUGCCGGGUAUGGUGAACAGGAACUGGAUGCCAACUCUGCUCUCAUGGAAUUGGACAAAGGUCUAAGAUCUGGCAAACUUGGUGAACAGUGUGAAGCAGUGGUUCGCUUUCCCAGGCUUUUCCAGAAGUAUCCAUUCCCUAUUCUCAUCAAUUCUGCAUUCCUAAAGUUAGCUGAUGUUUUCAGAGUUGGAAACAAUUUCCUAAGACUGUGUGUGCUUAAAGUUACCCAACAAAGUGAGAAGCAUUUGGAGAAGAUUUUAAAUGUGGAUGAAUUUGUGAAGAGGAUUUUUUCUGUGAUUCACAGUAAUGAUCCUGUGGCAAGAGCUAUCACACUCCGGAUGUUGGGAAGUCUGGCAUCUAUAAUUCCUGAGAGGAAGAAUGCUCAUCAUAGUAUUCGUCAAAGUUUGGAUUCACAUGAUAAUGUCGAAGUGGAAGCUGCUGUGUUUGCUGCUGCGAACUUCUCUGCACAGUCAAAGGAUUUUGCUGUUGGAAUCUGUAACAAAAUCAGUGAAAUGAUUCAAGGUUUAGCUACACCAGUAGACUUGAAGUUGAAGUUGAUCCCCAUCCUACAGCACAUGCACCAUGAUGCUAUCUUGGCUUCCAGUGCGCGUCAGCUUUUACAACAACUAGUCACUUCCUAUCCUUCCACCAAAAUGGUGAUUGUUUCUUUGCACACUUUUACUCUGCUUGCAGCUUCAUCUUUGGUUGAUACACCUAAGCAGAUUCAGCUUUUGCUGCAAUAUUUGAAAAAUGAUCCCAGGAAAGCAGUAAAGAGACUUGCUAUUCAAGAUUUGAAAUUACUUGCCAAUAAAACACCACAUACUUGGAGCAAGGACAAUAUUCAGGCCCUCUGUGAAUGUGCUCUCCAAACUCCUUAUGACAGCUUAAAACUAGGGAUGCUGUCUGUCCUUUCCACACUAUCAGGGACCAUUGCCAUCAAACAUUACUUCAGCACAGCUCCAGGAAAUGUAGGUUCUUCCCCCAGAUCUUCUGAUUUAGUCAAAUUAGCCCAAGAGUGCUGUUACCAUAAUAACAGAGGCAUUGCAGUGCAUGGAGUUAGAGUCCUAACUAACAUAACCGUCUCUUGUCACGAAAAAGAUCUUUUGGCACUGGAGCAAGAUGCUGUCUUUGGCCUAGAAUCUCUUCUGGUACUUUGUAGUCAAGAUGGUAGCCCAGGUGCUCAAGCCACUUUAAAGAUUGCUUUAAAUUGUAUGGUGAACUUGGCCAAGGGCCGGCCCCAUCUUAGCCAGUCAGUUGUGGAAACUUUGCUGACUCAGUUACACAGUGCUCAGGAUGCCCAUCGGAUCCUGAUGUGCCAUUGCCUGGCAGCCAUUGCCAUGCAGCUGCCAGUGUUGGGUGAUGGAAUGCUUGGUGACCUCAUGGAACUCUACAAGGUCAUUGGGCGAUCAGCCACAGACAAACAACAGGAACUUCUGGUGAGUUUGGCCACUGUGAUUUUUGUAGCUAGCCAGAAAGCAUUAUCUGCUGAAGUAAAGGCAGUAAUUAAGCAGCAGCUUGAAAGUGUCUCCAAUGGAUGGACUGUGUACCGAAUUGCCAGACAGGCUUCCAGAAUGGGUAAUCAUGACAUGGCCCGAGAGCUUUAUCAGAGUCUGCUGACUCAGGUGGCCUCAGAACACUUCUACUUCUGGCUGAACAGUUUGAAGGAGUUCUCACAUGCAGAGCAGUGUCUCGCUGGAUUGCAGGAAGAGAAUUACAGUUCAGCACUUUCUUGCAUCGCUGACUCUUUAAAAUUCUACCAUAAAGGGAUUGCUUCCUUAACCGCUGCCAGUACACCACUGAAUCCUUUAAGUUUUCAGUGCGAAUUUGUAAAACUCAGGAUUGAUCUUCUCCAAGCCUUCUCUCAACUUAUCUGUACUUGUAAUAGUCUCAAGACAAGCCCUCCACCUGCAAUUGCCACAACAAUUGCCAUGACCUUAGGAAAUGACCUUCAGAGAUGUGGUCGAAUCUCCAAUCAGAUGAAGCAAUCCAUGGAAGAAUUCCGAAGCCUUGCUUCAAGAUAUGGGGAUCUUUAUCAGGCAUCUUUUGAUGCUGAUUCAGCAACUCUGAGGAAUGUAGAAUUACAGCAGCAGAGCUGUUUGCUGAUAUCUCAUGCAAUAGAAGCCCUAAUUUUGGAUCCAGAAUCGGCAAGUUUCCAGGAAUAUGGAUCUACCGGAGCAGCCCAUGCUGAUAGUGAAUAUGAGAGAAGAAUGAUGUCUGUAUAUAAUCAUGUCUUGGAGGAGCAUACAGCAUGCCUCUGCAAUGCCAUCAUUGCCUUGCUGAAAGUACCCCUUUCAUUUCAGAGAUAUUUUUUCCAGAAACUGCAGUCUACCAGCAUCAAGCUUGCACUGUCUCCAUCCCCUCGGAAUCCUGCAGAACCCAUUGCUGUACAGAAUAACCAGCAGCUGGCGUUAAAGGUAGAGGGUGUGGUUCAGCACGGGUCUAAACCAGGACUCUUCCGCAAAAUUCAGUCCGUCUGCCUGAAUGUUUCUUCUACACUACAGAGUAAAUCAGGACAAGACUACAAGAUACCCAUUGACAAUAUGACCAAUGAGAUGGAGCAGAAAGUUGAGCCUCAUAAUGAUUACUUCAGUACCCAGUUCCUGUUGAACUUUGCUAUCCUUGGAACACAUAACAUCACAGUGGAAUCCUCAGUGAAAGACGCCAAUGGCAUCGUAUGGAAGACUGGCCCCAGAACUACCAUAUUUGUCAAAUCUCUGGAAGAUCCUUACUCCCAGCAGAUUCGCCUACAACAGCAGCAAGCCCAGCAACCCUUACAGCAGCAGCAGCGCAAUGCCUACACACGGUUUUAACCAUGUCAUGCGCACACUGCAGACUUCCAAGGGAUUGACCAAACUGACUGAAAAGGUUUGCUUUUUCAUAUUAAGUAUGAAAAUUAUCAUGUGAAGUCCACUUACUCAUUGAUUUCUGCAGUGUAACAUUCUGGGGGGGAAAUUCUCCUUUAAUUUUUUUUAUUUUUUAUUUUGUCGGUCAUGGGGCUUGAACUCUGGGCUUGG